GACGUCAUAAAUUACGAGACCGAAGGUGUUUUUCUGUAACUCACUGAAGAGGCCCAUCUAUUAUUUUUUAUAAUCCGCGGAUACCCUUGUGAUGUUAAUAUUAAAGAAGACGAGGUUCAGCAGUACAGUUGGGGUUUUUUUAAACGUAGUGUUUCAGUGCUGUACAGACGUUCUGUGUCGUUAUCCGUUUCUCCAGUUUCUGUGAAAUACGAAUGUACCAACUUUACAUCUUUUGUUUUUAAUGUAUUCUUAUUGUGUUGAUCAUUAAUGAACAUUUCUGUACUGUGGGUGUUUGUCGAGUGAUUGAAAACGAGACAUCUUGUGUUUGAAUUGAAAGUGAUGGUCUCGAGGAGUCGAAUGGGUCAAACUUCAAGCAUAGUUUCCUCGAGAGGAAAUAUCACUUUUUGACGUCACUACUGUGGGAUUAUGCCCUUUUUUUAGAAUGGCUCAGGAUGCAAAUAUUGCUUUCAUCCAUGUGUUUUAUAAAAUAAAAAAAUAAAAGAAUAAAAUAAAAGAAUAGUGUGGUAUAGUUUAUAUAAGUGUGUAUGAAACCAUUCAUGAACAUGUUUUGUGUAAAAACAAAAGCAGAUGGGUCAAAUGAUCAGGUUCAUUGAUAGAGAGCCUCUUAUCUGAAAUGAUACGAACGAGGAAGUCUCUUUCACACGGCAAUGGAGAACUCGCAAGCAGCACUUCUGACGCUGGGGUUCCUGCUGUUUCUAAAAGGAUGUGAAACUUUGGCAUCAGAACGCAGUACAAACCUCGCUGUGGGUGUUGGAGAGGAUGUGCAGCUGAAGAUUAAUCCACCUGUAGCUGUAUUUGCAGUGACCUGGUAUUUCGGAUCUACAGGCCUAUUGAUUGUGACAUGGAACAGUGUCUCUGAGACUGUAAACCCUCCGUAUCAGGGUAGAGUCGAGCUGAAUAAAAACACAGGUACACUGACGCUUAAAAAUGUAAGCCGAAGUGACUCUGGAGAUUAUUUGUAUCAGGCUGUAAGCACUGCAACAGGACAUCCGGUACAAUAUAAUGGAAACAUUUCCUUGACUGUUUAUCAGCCAAUAACUAAUGUAAAUGUGAAACCCAGCCUUGCACAGCCAAUAGCAAACCAGGCUCUAAACCUGACCUGCGAGGUGCUUGGAUCACAGACUGUUUCCUCAAGGCUCUGGCUGAAGGACGGUCAGCCCUUGUCCACUAGUGACAGAAUAACAUUGUCUGUGGACAGCAGGACAGUCUCCUUCAAUCCAGUGCUGCAGUCUGAUAAUGGAAAAUAUCAGUGUAAAGCUACUAACCCUGUAAAUGAAGUGACGAGCGCUGCAUACAGAUUGGAGGUCAAUUAUGGACCAGAGCAGGUAUCUAUUACAGGACCAGACCAGGCAAUUCUCAAUUCAUCUGUAACAUUCACAUGUUCGGCUCAGUCUCUGCCCCCUUGUAUUUACACCUGGUAUUUCAAUGGUACAGAGACUGCCCAGGGCUCGCAAUACAAGAUAGCUUCUGUAAGCAAUGCUGAUAGUGGAAGUUACACCUGUGUAGCCUGGAACUCAGUGACUGGAAGAAACAGUUCUGCUGUUAAGAAACUUAUCGUGACUGGUUUGGGGUCCUUGACUUCAGGAGAGAUCGCUGGAAUUGUCAUCGGCACACUUGCAGGGGUCACUGGCGUUGCUCUUGGGGUGUAUUUCAGUGUAAAGCUAUGCAGGAACAAUCCACAUGAUCUCAGACCUGGUCCAGCUCAAAGCAGUCCAGGUGCUGCCACUUAUGAAAACUUUGAGGGGCCGAGAGCAUCAGCAACGUAUGAGAACACCACUGCUAUCCGGAGAGCAGGCGAAGCAGAAAACCCGGACAGCACAUACACAGGCUUACAGUUUCCUGAUCAGUCCACAUACAGCACCUUGAACAGACCUUGAUUCAGGAAACAUCACAACAGCCGUACAGCCUGUGAGCUCAAGAGUAUUUCUGAAAGUUUUUAUUUAAAUAUUUCUACUACUUCUGCUUCCUGCACCUAAUGACUGUUUCUGUUGUAUUUUUAUAAACACACACACACACGCACACACAAACACACACACUGACACACACACACACUGCACUCACGCACACACACACACACUGACACACACACACACACUGCAUUCACGCACACUCACACACACUGACACACACACACACACUGCAUUCACACACACACACACACACACACUGCAUUCACACAGACACACACACUGCAUUCAC